UUAACAAUUUAUUCGCAAUGUGUAAACACUUAAUUGUUCGUAUAUUUUCCAGCAUAUUUUUAGUGUUAUUAAUAGCAACAAAAGGGUCUACUCGAAGAAAUGGUACUGAUAUAGUAAAGUUUUACCUUUUCACCCGUGAGAAUCCAAAAGAUCCACAGAUUUUAUCUAUAUAUGAUUUAAAUUCAAUAAAUAUAUCCAACUACAAUCCCGAACAUAGAACCAAGAUUAUUAUACAUGGUUGGAGAUCCAGUUAUGAAAGGACACCAAAUCCUCCAGUCAGAAAUGCUUAUUUAGCAACAGGUGACUAUAACGUAAUAAGCGUUGAUUGGAGUUUUUAUGCAUAUUCGAUUUAUACACAAGCUGUGAAACGAGUUCCCGAAGUUGGAAAAAUAGUGGCUGAUUUCGUAGACUUACUAAAUGAAAACUUUGCUUUAAAUUUCGACGAAUUAGUUGUGAUAGGUCAUAGCUUGGGUGCACAUAUUGCUGGAUAUUGUGGUAAAAACGUAUUACGCGGUAAAAUUGGUGCUAUUGUCGGAUCCGAUCCAGCAUUACCAUUAUACUUUUAUCCUCUAAAUUCGACUCACUUAGCAAGGACUGACGCUAAAUUUGUUUUAACUCUACAAGUUACUGGUGGUCGCGAGGGUUUCUUAAGACCAAUUGGAGAUAUGACAUUUUAUCCAAAUUGGGGACGUGCUCUCCCAUCUUGCGGAAUCGAUUUACUUGGUGCUUGUUCGCAUGACACUGCGAACGUAGUUUAUUCCGAUUCAAUACGAGGGAAAUCGUAUGCACCUAUAUAUCAGUGUGAUAAUUUCGAAGAAAUAAAAGAAAAGAUAGGUUGCAAUAAAUUGGUUGAUGUUCGGCUUGGUGAUCCUUUGGAUAUAGAAAGGGUUGACGGAAUAUAUUAUUUUAGUACUAAGGACGAAUACUAUUUAAAUGUUGGUAAAAGCAGUAAAUUAGUUUUAAAUUGA